AUGGAAGGCAAGAGAACCAGAGGCAGGCAAAAGAUCGAUAUCAAGAAGAUAGAAAAUGAAGAUGAUCGACUUAUUACUUUUUCAAAACGGAGAUCCGGAAUAUACAAGAAAGCUAGUGAGUUAGCGGCUCUAUGCGGUGCAGAAGUUGGCGUUGUAGUGUUUUCCCCAAAAGGAAAACCUUAUUCGUAUGGUAGCCCUGCUAUUGAGUAUGUGGCGAACCGAUUUCUAAAUGUUGUUGCUGAUCAAAACGCUGAUGAGAGGAUCUCUCAUGGCAUUCUGGAGGUGUACCGGCAGGCAAGAGUCUAUGAGGCGAACGAGAACCAUAAUGAGCUGGUAGGGCAGCUUGAGGCUGUGAAAGAGCGGAGCAAGGUGCUGCAACAGUUGGUAGGAGAAAAGGGAAGUGGGGAACAACAGUGCUGGUGGGAGACUGCUCUUCAUAAUCAGGACUCGCAAGGUGUCAAGAAAAUUCAUGAGUCCUUUAAAGGAUUGGUAAAUCAUGUGUGCACCCAUCUCAGGCUCAGAUAUGGGAGCGGUAGCAACAACUUUGAUAAUGGCAUUGCUUCUUCUUCUGCAGCACUACCCUUCCAUGCAACAGUAGGAUCCAAUCCUAAUUCCCAAUCCCAUUAA